GCGAGGGACUUCCGGGGUGGCGGCGGCGGGCGGUUUGAGUCGGGGUCGGGGCACCGGAGGAUCGCGGGGACUGCGCCCACUCGGAUUGUGCAAGCGGCAGCUUUCAACUCCCCGGGAGCGGGCAGCCAGUUCAUUGCUAAAUGUUGGGAUAAUAACGAAGGGUGGACAGAAUGAGCUGGGCUUUGGAAGAAUGGAAGGAAGGCCUUCCUAGCAGAGCGCUACAGAAGAUCCAGGAGCUGGAGGUGCAGCUGGACAAACUCAAGAAGGAGAAGCAGCAGCGGCAGUUUCAGCUCGACACGCUGGAAGCUGCGCUGCAGAAGCAGAAGCAGAAGGUUGAAACAGAAAAAAAUGAGGGCACAAACCUGAAGAGGGAAAACCAAAGACUGAUGGAAAUAUGUGAAAAUCUGGAGAAAAGCAAGCAGAAGAUUUCUCAUGAACUUCAAGUCAAAGAGACCCAAGUGAAUUUCCAGGAGGGUCAGCUGAAUGCAGGCAAAAAGCAGAUAGAGCACUUGGAGCAGGAACUUAAAAGGUGUAAAUCAGAACUUGAAAGAAGCCAGCAAGCCACGCAGCCUGCAGAUGUCUCUCUGGGUUCAUGCAUCACGCCGCAAAAAAUUUUUGCCACUCCGCUAACUCCAAGCCAACAUUACAGCGGUUCCAAGUAUGAAGACCUCAAAGAAAAAUACAGCAGAGAAGUUGAAGAACGAAAAAGAUUGGAGGUGGAGGUCAAAGCCUUGCAGGCUAAAGUGAGUCAGAAAGCCAGCCAGGCUGCUCCCCAAGCCACCAUGAAUCACCGAGACAUCGCCCGACACCAGGCUUCCUCAUCUGUGUUCUCGUGGCAGCAGGACAGGACCCCACAGCGGCUUUCCUGCCAUUCUCAGAAGACCCCCAGCAGGAGGAAUUUCUCCUCCUCUCACAUAUUUGGCCAGGAGGAGGUGACGCCCAGCCGAUCCAUUCUGCAAACAGGGAAGAGAGACGCUAAUAGCAGUUCCUGCGAUCCUGCCAGUGGCUCCCCUCUUUUGGACCAAUUGGAAGGCCAGAAUCAAGAGCUAAGAAGCAAGGUUAAUGAGCUGGAGCUGCGUCUACAGGGACAGGAGAAAGAAAUGAAAGGUCACGCGCAUAGAUCUCAAGAGCUGCAGCUCCAGCUGGAGAAGACAAAAGCGGAAUUAAUGGAAAAAGACAAAGUUUUGAACAAAAAUAGGGACGAACUGGGGAGAAUGACAGCACAGUACGACCAGGCAGCAGCCAAGUGUUCAGCGCUGGAACAAAAGCUGAAGAAGCUGACGGAGGACUUGAGCUGCCAGCGACAAAACGCAGAAAGCGCCAGGUGUUCCCUGGAGCAGAGGAUCAAAGAGAAAGAAAAGGAGCUUCAAGAGGAGCUCUCCCGACAGCAGCGGGCCUUCCAGACGCUGGAGCAGGAGUUCGUGCAGACGAAAGCCAGGCUCACCCAGGAGCUGCAGCAAGCCAGAAAUGCGCUCCGAGGCCCGGAGGCCGAGCUGGACAGGGUCACAGCAGUAAAGCAACAGCUGGAAAAAAAUCUGGAAGAAUUUAAGCAAAAGUUCAGCAGGAUGGAACAGGCUUCCAUGGAGCGGCAGGAGGAGGAGGCUGCGCUGAGGAGAAGCAGUGAGGAGAUGAAGAAGGAAAAUGCCUUCCUGAGGAAUCAGUCUGAACAAAGGGCCAGAGAGGUCAGCCACCUGGAGGAGGAGCUCCAAAAGGUCCGAGCCUGUUUGAGUCAGAGCCAGAACUUCGCGGAAGAACUGAGGGCUAAGAAUACCUCUCAGGAAACUGUAUUAAGAGAGCUUCAAGAAAAGAUAAAUCAGCAAGAAAACUCCUUGACUUUAGAGAAACUGAAACUUGCCUUGGCUGAUCUGGAAAAGCAGCGCGAUUGUUCCCAAGACCUUCUGAAGAAGAGGGAGUGUCACAUUGAGCAGCUGAACGAGAGGUUAAGCAAGACAGAGAAAGAGUCCAAAACCUUACUGAGUGCCUUGGAGUCAACAAAGAAAGAAUAUGAAGCACUGAAUGAAGAGAAAACUCAGUUUUCUCAUUGGAAAAGUGAAAAUGAAAAACUUUUACAUCAGAUGGAGUCGGACAAGGAGGGCUUGCAGAGUAAAAUCAAUCACUUGGAAACGUGCCUCAAGACUCAACAGAUCAAAAGCCAUGAAUAUAACGAGCGAGUCAGGACACUGGAGAUGGAAAGGGACAACCUGGGCGUGGAGAUGAGAAACCUGCGCAACUUGGUCGACAGCAAGAUGAGGGAGGUAGAAACGCAAAAACAGGCUUACGAAGAGCUGCAGCAGAAAGCUGAGCGCUCAGAUCAGAAGCAUAAGAAGGAAAUAGAAAACCUGUGCCUCAAGACUUCUCAGCUUACUGCGCAAGUUGAAGACCUAGAGCAGAAGCUUCAGCGACUGUCGAGUGAACUCAUGGACAAGGACCGGCAUUACCAAGACUUGCAGGCUGAAUGUGAGAGCCUCAGGGAUCUACUUAAAUCUAGAGACUCUGCUGUGCCACAGGAGGACCAGCAGAGCAGUUGUCUGGCUUUUGAGCAGAAGGCUGCCAUGAAUACUUCCCUUGUCAAUGUGAUGGGAGAACAAGGAAGCAAUUCUUCAGACAGGAGCCAGUGGCUUUUAGAUGCAGAUGCAAGCCCCAGAAGUUUAGGCAUCCUACAAAACAGAGUGGUUUCCCUGGAAUCUUCCUUGGAGUCCCAAAAGCAGAUGAACUCCGAUCUGCAGAAGCAAUGCGAAGAGUUGGUGUACAUCAAAGAAGAAGAAAUAGAAGAAAAUCUCAAUAAAGCGGAACAGAUGCAUGAAAGCUUUGUGGCCGAGACCAGCCAGCGCAUUUGCCAGUUACAGGAAGAUACUUCUGUUCAUCAGAGUGUUAUCACAGAAACUUUAGUUGCCCUUGAGCACAAGGAGAAAGAGUUGGAACUCUGGAAAGCAAGAUUAGAAGCUGAGCAAGCAGAGAUUCAAGAAUUAAAAAAGAGCAACCAGCUCCUGGAAGACUCUCUAAAGGAGCUGCAGCUUUUAUCUGAAACCCUGAGCUCAGAGAAAAAGGAGAUGAGUUCCAUUAUUUCUCUAAGUAAAAAAGAAAUCGAAGAGCUGGCCCGAGAGAAUGGGACUCUCAAAGACAUGAAUGAAAUCUUAAACCAAGAGAAAAUAAACUUACUACAAAAAAAUGAGAAAUUUUCCAACUGCAUAGAGGAACAAGAGAAGAGCAUUUCAGAGCUGUCAGCUCAGUACAAACAAGAAACACUCAUUUUACUACAGAGGUGUGAGGAGACCGGACGUGCAUUUGAGGAUCUUGGUGAAAAAUAUAAAGCAGCACAAGAAAAGAACUCGAGGUUGGAAUGCUUGCUAAGCGAAUGCACCAGUGUUUGUGAAAGUAGGAAAAAUGAAUUGGAGCAGCUCAAGGAAACAUCGGUAAAAGAGCACCAAGAAUUCUUAACAAAAUUAGCUUUCGCCGAAGAACAAAACCAGAAACUAAUACUAGAGUUUGAAGUAGCGCAGCAAGCUUUGAAGUCUGAGAUGAGGGACCUCCACAUCAGUUCUAAGAGUGAGGCUGAUGGCUUAAAGCAAGAAAUCAUGACUUUAAAAGAAGAACAAAAUAAGAUGCAAAAGGAAGUUAAUGACUUAUUACAAGAGAAUCAGCAACUGGUGAAGUUAACAAAGACUAAACACGAGGAUCAGCAUCUCAAAUUGGAACCCGUUAGAGACUCUGUGAAAGAAACAGAGGAUGAGAUAAAUGCAUGCAGUUUCCAGCUUCAGAUGGAUCCUGGAGAUAGAGACGCUGCUCCGAGCAGUUAUAACGCACAGCUGGUACAGUUAGAAGCUAUGAUAAGAAAUAUGGAAUUAAAACUUGAGGAAUGUGAGAAGGAGAAAGAGCACCUGCAGCAGGAGUUACAGACACUGAGAGGAGACUUAGGAGCUGGAAAUGUGCACGGCUGUUUGCCACAGGAAAUGAGCGACCUUACGGAUGGGGAAGUGGAUGCAGAAGGAAAGUACAGUUUAGGGCUUUGCGAGCUGUCCCCAAGGCAGGGUGACAGUGCACAGGUGCAGUGUUCUCUCCAGGCAGCCUUGAGCAAGCUGGAGGAGCUGGAGAAGAUUUGUGAAGUGCUGCAGGUGGAGAAGCUGCAGCUGGUGUCGGAGCUAAACAACUCAAGGUCAGAGUGCAUCACAGCAACCAGUAAAAUGGCAGGAGAGGUAGAGAAGCUAGUGAAUGAAAUGAAAAUAUUAAAUGAUGACAGUGGCCUUCCCCGAAGUGAGUCUGUGGAAGAAUCGCUGACCAGUGAGUCCAAAGGGCAACAAAAUGAGCAGACACCUGUGUCCUUGAUGCCUUUGGAUGAUAGCAACUCCUAUGAGCAGUUGACCUUGUCAAGCAAGGAGGUUCAGACGCACUUUGCUGAACUGCAGGAGAAAUUUUCCUCUUUACAAAGUGAGCACAAGAUUUUACACGACCAGCACUGUCAGAUGAGCUCCAAGAUGUCGGAGCUGCAGUCCUAUGUCGACACACUGAAGGCCGAAAAUUCAGCCUUGUCAAUGAACCUGAGAAAUCUGCAGGUUGACUUGGCAAAGGAGAUGAAGCCAGAGGGACCUAUUCUUUCCCUGUCCUUCUCUUGCGUGACUGACAGCCCCAGCACGACAAGUGUGGGAGAGUCCUCUUUCUACCGGGAUGCUUUAGAGCACAUUGAAGGUGCAUCUCUUUUGAAUCAUUUAGGGGAGAGUGUAUCAGCAAACACCAGCCUGGAGGAGGAGAGGACUCUGUCCACAAAAGAAGUUCUGACCACCCCAGAGAAGAAUGUUGAGGAGCUUGAGACCCUCUGCCAGGGAUACCUGCAGUCCCUCAAGAAUCUGGAAGAGAAAAUGGAAAGUCAAGCAGCGACGAAAGAUAAGGAGAUCCAAGAGCUGGGGCAGUUGUUAAGUUCUGAAAGGACACAGCUGGACAGCCUUAGGAAGCAGUACUUGUCCCAAAACGAGGAGUGGCAACGGAAGCUGACGAGCGUGACUCUGGAGAUGGAGUCCAAGCUGGCGGCGGAGAAGCGGCAGACAGAGCACCUGGUCCUGGAGCUGGAGGUGGCGAGGUUGCAGCUGCAGGCACUGGAGCUGAGCUCUCAGUCCUUGCUUGGAGCCGACAUAGAAGGUGUAAGAACCUGGGCUAUUGAAGAUCAAAAUGAUGGCUGUGCCUUAAAAGAAUUGGAAGAAAAUACUUCAGAAAUUACGGAAGAAACACCACAGCAGGACAAUCACCAGAUAUGUGAAGAGGCUGUCCGGCAGGACCUCCAUGUAGAGACUGAGGUGGCCUCUGGGACCCUGCCUGUUACACCUGGAGCUGGGGAAAGGCCCUCAGAAACCAGUGAUGGGGCAGCAGCAGGAGACAAAAGCCAGGGCUGUCUCGAGCACACUCCUGAGCUCUUGUCUUGUGACUCUCAUGCUUUAGUACCCAUGGAGUUUGUGGAGAAUCACGUGUCCAUCCAGCAUCUCCAGCUGCAGGUCAAGGAGACAGUGAAUGAGAAUCUGAGAUUGUGUCAUGCUGUAGAGGACCAGGACAGAAAAGUUCAAAGUUUGCUAAGUGAAAUAAAAGACUUAGGUGCAAAACUUGAGUCGCAGGAACUACAACUAAAGACCAAGAUUGAAAUAUGCUUACAAUUGGAAAGAAUAGUCGAGGAACUCCAGAAAGAAAAAUGUGACUUAACUGAAAGACUGGAAGCCUUCUUGUGUGCUGGCCAGGAAUUAGGCCCGAGUAUAGAGACUUCCCAGACCCUCAGUUCUAAUUUAGAAAUGGGCACCAAUGAAUCCUCAGAGGAAGUAGUUGAAGAGAACGUCACCAAGGUGGAUGAGAACUGGAAGGAGCGAUUUCUCCACCUGGAAGAUGAGCUGGACAGGAUCAAGGCUGAGAACGCAAGAGCUGAAUGUCGCGCCCUUGCCCUGGAAACCGAUUUGGAGGUGGCUCAAACUGAGAAGCUGUGUCUGGAAAAAGAAAAUGAAAAUAAUCAGAAAGCGAUUGUCCGCCUUGAAGAAGAACUCUCUGUGGCCACAAGCGAGAGAAAACACCUUGAUGGAGAAUUAGAGGCUAUGAAAAAAGAAAACCAAACCCUGACCCAGAUGGGUGAGAUCAUGAAGGAGAAAGUCCAGGUGCUAGAGGCUGAGAUCAGGGACAAAGCGGCUGGCCUUGAGGCUCUGUCCUCACAGGUGAGCCAGCUGUUGGAGGACAAAGGUGACCUGCAGGAGCGGCUGCAGAGGUUGGAAGGGGACUCCCAGGCACUGUCUUCCGCAGUGCAGGAGCUGGAAAGCCAAGUCAGACAAUUGGAGGAGGAGAAGGCAUCAUUGGUCAGGGAGGCUAAAAGCCUGGAGGCCAGACUGAGGGAGUUGGAACAGGAAAGGCUGAUUGAGUCCAGAGCCCUGGAGGUGGCACGUCUGGAGAAGGAUAAGUUUGCAGAGCGACUCUGCUCCACCCAGGAGGAGGUGCACCAGCUGCGGGAGGGCAUGGAGAAGCUGCGUGUGCGCAUUGAGGCUGACGAGAAGCGGCAGCUCGACGUCCUGCAAAAGCUGCGAGGAAGUGAGAGGGAGAACGAUGUGCUCCGGGACAAGGUGGAGGGUCUCCAGCGGGAGCUGCAGAUGUCCGAGGAGAACCAAGAGCUGGUGAUCCUGGACGCCGAGAACGCCAAAGCUGAGGUGGAGAUCCUCAGAGCACAGGUGGAGGAAGUGGGUGAGAGCCUGCGAGAUUCCCAAGCAGACCUUGCCGUGCUCAGGUCGGAGAAGGGAGAUCUGGCCAAGCAGCUGCAGGAGAAGCAGGGUCACGUGGAGGAAUUAGAGGCGCUGGUCUCCUCGCUUAGAAGUCUGGUAGAAGAGAAGGAGCGGGCCAGAGUGCAGAUGCAAGAAGACUCAAAAACGAUGGUGGAGACAAUUCAGGCGCAAUUGAGAGAGCUGACUGAGGAGGUGGCAGCCUCGUGUGAGGACCACGGGACCCCAGAGGCCAGGGAAGAGAACCUGGACACCCCAGGGAGCGAAGUGGCACGGUUGAGGGGCCACAUCGGGAGGCUCAGAGCCUGUGUGGAAGCUGAUCGCAAGGAGCAGCUUCAGGUCCUAGAGCAGCUGAAGGAAAGCCAGUGUCGCGAGGACUUGCUGAAAGGCAGAGUUGAGGGUCUUGAAAGGGAGCUGGAGCUGUCGGGGAGAGACCUAGAACAGGCAGUUCGUGAGGCCGAGAAUUCCAGAGCCGAGGUGCAGACACUCAAAGCAGAAGUCCAGGAGCUAUCCCAACACCUCAGAGACCUGGAAGCCGAUCUUGUUAACAUAAAGUCUGAAAAAGAAAAGCUGACUAAGGGCCUGCGAGAAGAGCAAGCGCAGGUGUCUGAAUUAGAAAUCUUAAACUCUUCAUUGGAAAAACGGUUGCAAGAGAAAGAGGACCAGAAAGUUCAGAUGCGAGAGGAAUCUGAAACUGCAAUGCACAUGCUUCAAGCGCAAAUAAAACUGCUGACUGAGAGGACAGCUCUGUCCAGUGACCUGGAGGCCUGCAAGAUCAAGGAGCAGACCCUGAGCAGUCAAGUGGAUUCUCUUGAGCUGGAGAAGGCUCAGUUGCUUCGGGACCUCGAGACCAAGGAGCAGACCCUGAGCAGUCAAGUGGAUUCUCUUGAGCUGGAGAAGGCUCAGUUGCUCCAGGACCUCGAGACCAAGGAGCAGACCCUGAGCAGUCAAGUGGAUUCUCUUGAGCUGGAGAAGGCUCAGUUGCUCCAGGACCUCGAGACCAAGGAGCAGACCCUGAGCAGUCAAGUAGAUUCUCUUGAGCUGGAGAAGGCUCAGUUGCUCCGGGACCUCGAGACCAAGGAGCAGACCCUGAGCAGUCGAGUGGAUUCUCUUGAGCUGGAGAAGGCUCAGUUGCUCCAGGACCUCGAGGAAGCCAAACAUAAUUAUAUUGUUUUGCAAUCUUCUGUGAACAGCCUCAUGCAGGAAGCUGAAAACAGCAAGCAGAAACUAGAGGAGAAGGAGGAGGAGCUCAGUUGGCUGAAAGGUCAAGUUCAAGACCGGGAGCAGCUCGCCUCCAAGCUGGCGCAGGUGGAAGGCGAGCAGCAGCGCUGGCAGGAGCAGAAAGCGGCACUGGGGACUCUGGCUGUGGAGCUGGAGCAGAAGGUCCAAGAGCUGCAGUCCAAGAACCACGCCUUGCAGGACUCCUUUGAGGUGUUGCAGAAUUCGUGCAAGGAGCUGGAGAGUGAGCUCACAUCGACAAGAGGGGAAAACACGUCCUUGGUUGAAAAAGUAAGCACCUUGACUGCCAGGGAGGCUGAGCUGCAGGGGAAAGUGCAGGAUAUGGCACAGAAGACAACGAAGCUAGAAGAAGAAUACAGCGGAGAGAAAACUAGGCUCACGGAAAAGUUAAAUGCGCUGUUGGAAGAAGUAAAGAGCAGCAAAGCAGACCACCUAAAAUAUGUAGAUAAGCUGAAGAAGGAAAAUGAACGUGCUCUUGGGAAAAUAAAGUUGUUGCUCAAAUCCUGCAAACAGCUGGAAGAGGAGAAGAAAAUGUUGCAGAAAGAGCUGUCUCAGUUAGAAGCGGCGCAGAAGCAAAAUACAGGUGCUGCUUUGGAGGCUGAGGUGGAGGAGCUCACGACCGAGAUCAGAGAGCUAAAAGAAGCUCUUGAAGAAAAAGCCAAGGAAGCCGACGAGUACCUGGAUAAGUACUGCUCCCUGCUGAUCAGCCAUGAGAAGUUAGAGCGAGCCAAGGAAAUGUUAGAAACGCAGGUCACUCGCCUGAGUUCUCAGCCAGCUAAGCUCGAUCCCAGUGGUUCACCUCUGGCAAGUUUGGUCACGCCAGGGCCAUCUGCAGUCCCUUCGGCUGGUGAAAGGAAGAUGUCAUCUGGCCGAAGUAAAGCUGCUGGCAAGAGGCAGAGGUCCAGUGGGGCCUGGGAGAGCGGAGGAGGACUGACGCCUGCCACUCUUGAGACCUUUCCGAAAAAAAGUCGGAAAGCAAUCAGAAGUGGUAGCCCCCACCCUGAUCAGGAUGAAGAAGAGUUCGAGCCUGAAGGACUCCCCGAAGUUGUAAAGAAAGGAUUUGCUGACAUCCCCUCCGGAAAGACCAGCCCCUAUGUCCUGCGGAGGACCACCAUGGCCACCAGGACCAGCCCUCGCCUGGCUGCACAGAAGUCUGUCCUAUCUCCUCAGAGUGUGGGCAAAGAAAAUCUUGCAAAGUCCCCCAAACCGACAGCUGGUGGCAGCAGAUCUCAAAAGGUCAAGUUUCGACAGAAGAGCCCAGCGGGGUUUGCAGAGCCCACCGUGAAGCCUGUCUCUGCUGGCUACCCUCCAGGAAGGAGCACCACCCACAGUCCCAGGGACGGCCCCAAAACCAGGGGCAGCCUGCUUAUCCCCACCCUGGACGCCAGGCCUGACCCCCCGAACAGCGAGAAUUGUCGGGUCCAAUGAAGGGAGCCCUGCUUCAGGACCCCAGAGAGGUGACAGCGGUGGACAGAGUGACAGAGAAAUGUCCAAGGACGUUUCUUCAUCAGGGAGCACGUUCGCACUCCGGAGCAAACGCCUCUGGGAUCUCAGUACAUUUUCCCCCUUAGCGUCCCAGGUGUAAAGGGACAAAUUUGCAAGCACUGAUCCUCAGGGCCCUCCCCUGUGGGCCUCUACCAUAAUGUAAAUAGUCCUGUGUAAAGCUUUCUGGUGUGUUACCAUUGAAAGGCAAGAACUGUGACAACUUCUGUUUGCGUGCGGAUUCUACAUGUUUUAAACUUUCACUUGGCAAUUUCUAGCAAAACUGAAACCCUCCUUUAUAAUCUUUCCUCUGUGUAUGCAGUGUCAGACAUGCAAUCAUUUUCGAUUGGAAGUUUCUUUGAGCUGAGUGAAAUGAAGGAAAAGCCUGUUUCAUGUGUCACUGCUGCUUCUAGAACCUGUACAUAUGUGUGUGCUUUUUCCAGUUCAUUGUUAGACGUGUACCGUGUUAUACUUUCUGUCAUGUUUUGUCCUUAAGACCGUUUUAUUUCUUUGGUGUGCAUUUUCUUAUCUGGUGAUAUAGUAUUAAAACAAGGCCUUUUUUUUUCUAAUAAAAAAUCACUUUUUUCUUUGUAAAAAUGUUUCCUAAAUACAAAAGGUAUUAUGAAUAUUGGCACCAUUUCUUGUUAGUGGGGACAGCCUCUUAUGAAAGCAAAAAUGCUUGAGCAGAUGACAGAGAUGUUUGAAAUAUCCAAUAUUAGUAUAUUUAGUGAACAAAUUUAGUUAUAUUAAAAGACACAAUUUAGAAUGUUGAUUGUAAAGAUUAUUUGAGAACAAGACACGUCUAACCAGUGCUUCGUAUGUUGUAUAUUCUGUUAAGUCACCUUAGCCAGGAUGCAAGUAUGCGAUACCUCCCAGCUCUUUGUAUCGAUAGUAUUUUCAAAAUAUGCAGGCAUAAUGUACCAUAUUGAAUCCCAAAACACUUGAACAAACCCUCACGUCCUUGGAGCAGGGUAAAAAAGUUUUUCAGGAUCUGAUUUAUUAAAAGAUAAUUUGUUCUUGGCUUUCAAGUUAAGACUGAUGCUUGGACCUUGCUAAACAUCAUUUUAUAAUUUAAAAUCCUGCUUUGUAGGGAGGCCUCUGUCAUUGGAUAAUGUUCAAGUCUAGUGAGCUGUUCAGUAUUCUCUUCUUGAAAGCAAUUUUCGCUUUGCUCUUAAUUCUUCAGUCACUCCGAGUUGAGGUCAGUGCAGACCCUUAUCGUAAAUUGUCCCAAGGUUGUCACAUGCCUGGGAUGGAGACUGGGCAGGCUGGCUGCUGGGACAGUUCACCCCACGCCUGGCUGGGCAGUUCCUUGGAGGGAUCCCUGUGUUUUCAUAGGUGUGACUGCCAUUGUUCCUGCUUUUGCUACUUCUGUGUCUGAACGCAGUGGUUGGACCCCUUGCAGAGUGCAGACUCCACCAAGGCAACCAGGAGAUGAGAGAGAAGCUUCUAAUGGGAGCAGCUAAGGAGAGGGAGUGUUAGGCUCACUCUCAAAGCAGAGCCUCUGCCAGAACCAAGCAAGCAAGGAGCUGCUGGUGGGGAAACUCACACGCAUGCUCAUAUGGAAGCACUGUCCGGGCUCCAUGUGGGCAUAUCCCCAAGCAUGGCCAGUUUCAUCUCAUGCUCCUUCAUAGCUUGUUCAAAAAUAGCAGACCGAAAGUCCCAGGUGGAGAUGUUAGCAUUAUACUGUAAUAUGUGACACUGCUUUAUGUCACCCAGAAGAGGGGCUGGGUGGCUUUGGCUGGUUUAAACUGGUGCCGUGUAGUCUUUUUUCUGUAGGACGUCAUCUAAAAUUAACAAGUAGGUUGGAACCAUCAUUUAAAGGGGUAUCAGAUCUUUCCCUGAAAUGAUAGAUGUGUGCCUGUAAAAGGACCUGCCUAGUGGCUAAUGCUUUUAUUUUUAUAAUUGUAGGACCUUGUUCAAAAUCUUUAUUUAAAAAUAAACAUUGAUUAUUCUUUUCCUCAA